GUGACUUAACCCUGCAUUGUUAGUAAAAAUGGCCCUUGCUUCAUUCCCUCAGACCUCAGAGACUACAAAUGGCGUGGGGAAAAUGCCUCAGACAUAGGUGAUGGAGUAAGGAGCCUGAAGAUCUUCCUGCAAGCCCCUGGAAUAGCAGCAACCAAGGGGAAGUUAAAAAGAGCCCAAAAAGUUAUGACCCUGGAAUGCUUCAGCCAUCAAAGCCCUGUGCAAGUAGAUGUGCUGUACUUGAAGGGGACAAGCGGAUAUGUGACAGAGUGGACAGUAGAGAAGCAAAUCCUACACGACCUGAACACCUUCAGCAAUGCAGAUGGGAAACCUGCCACCGGCCGUAUCAGUGUUUCACAAACACAGCACAGGAAGGUGCUUCCAAACAAACUUCUCAUUAGAGAAAAAGUGCUUCUGGAAGGGAUAUCAGAUUGCGUUGUAACAGCAAAGCUGCCCAAGAUCAAAGUUUCUGCAGAGGGUUUGGCUGGCCUGGAGAUGUACCGUGGAAACCAGACUUUGUACAAUGGAACUCCACUCGCAGAUGACAAAGACAUGAUGAACAGACCGAAACUUAGUAUCAUCCUCAAAGCGUUCAUCAUUGGUAUCAUAAUGGCCUUUGCAAUAUGCUACAUAGUGUUUGCUAUAUGCAAAAUUCCCUGCUCGGGCUUGUGGGUCAAGUACAUCAUCAUCCACAAAAGACGGCCUGCAGGCAACAUUCCAGCAUAUGGCCAAACAGCAAAGCUUUUAACUCCAAGUAUGACUGAAAAGGAGACAAUGGAAAUUUUUGUCUGA